AUGCAAGCACCAGUACAGGCCCCUGUGGUAUUUAUGAAUACCAAUCAGGAGAGAACCACUGGAAGACAGGCUCAAAUUUCUAAUAUUACAGCUGCUAAAGCCGUUGCCGAUGUUAUUAGAACAUGUUUAGGACCUAAGGCAAUGUUGAAAAUGUUACUAGAUCCUAUGGGUGGUCUCGUUUUGACUAAUGAUGGACAUGCAAUUUUAAGAGAAAUUGAUGUGGCCCACCCUGCAGCUAAGUCAAUGUUAGAACUUUCAAGGACUCAAGAUGAAGAAGUUGGUGACGGGACUACAACUGUUAUUAUCUUAGCAGGUGAGAUUCUAUCACAAUGCUCUCUCUAUUUGAUUGAGAAAAACAUUCACCCUGUGAUCAUUAUCCAAGCUUUAAAGAAGGCCCUUUCGGAUGCCUUAGAAGUGAUUGAGAUGGUGAGCAGACCUGUUGAUGUAGAAAAUGAAUCUGCAAUGAAAAAAUUGAUUCAAGCUUCCAUCGGUACCAAAUAUGUUAAUCACUGGUCUCAAAAGAUGUGUGAAUUGGCUUUGAGUGCCAUUAGAACCGUAAGAGUAGAUUUGGGGACUGUACCAGAAGGUGAACCAAGGUUUGAAAUUGAUAUCAAAAGGUACGUCCGUGUGGAAAAGAUUCCUGGUGGAGAUGUUAUGGACUCUAAAGUCUUAAAAGGUGUUCUAUUAAACAAAGAUGUGGUACAUCCAAAGAUGUCUCGUCUGGUAAAAAAUCCAAGAGUGGUUCUAUUGGACUGUCCGUUGGAAUACAAGAAGGGUGAAUCUCAAACUAAUAUAGAAAUUAGCAAAGAAGAAGAUUGGAAUAGAAUCUUACAAAUUGAAGAAGAACAGGUACAUGCUAUGUGUCAACAAAUAUUGGCCGUCAAGCCUACAGUGGUGAUUACAGAGAAAGGUGUCUCCGAUUUGGCACAACAUUUCUUGUUGAAAGGUGGUUGUAGUGUAUUGAGAAGAGUUAAAAAAUCUGAUAAUAACAGAAUUUCUCGUGUCACUGGUGCCAAGAUUGUCAACCGUGUGGAAGAUUUGAAAGAAAACGACGUUGGUGCUAAUUGUGGUCUUUUCAAGGUGGAAUUAAUUGGUAAUGAAUACUUUACUUUCCUUGAUGAAUCUAGUGAUCCUAAGGCUUGUACCAUCAUGUUACGUGGUGGCUCUAAAGAUAUUUUAAACGAAAUCGAGCGGAACUUAAAUGAUGCAUUAGCCGUCACCAGGAACGUCAUGUUAUCACCAUCCUUGUCUCCAGGUGGUGGUGCUACUGAAAUGGCUGUCUCCGUUAAAUUAGCCGAACGUGCCAAACAAUUAGAAGGUAUCCAACAAUGGCCAUACCAGGCCGUGGCUGAUGCCAUGGAAUGUAUUCCUCGUACUCUAAUACAAAAUGCAGGUGGUAACCCAAUUAGAAUACUUUCACAACUAAGAGCUAAGCAUGCUCAAGGUCAAUUUACGACUGGUGUCGAUGGUGAUACCGGAAAAUUAGUAGAUAUGGUUGAGUAUGGCAUUUGGGAACCUGAAGUAAUUAAACAACAGAGCAUAAAGACUGCUAUUGAAAGUGCAUGCCUGCUAUUAAGAGUGGAUGACAUCGUGAGUGGUGUUAGAAAACAGGAGUAA